CAUAGAGAGUGAAACUAACGAAAGCGUGCUUUCGAGAAAAAACAACCCAUCUUUAGUUGAUCAUAGUUCUUGAAGCUUAACUCAAGUUUCUGUAUACUUGAUCAUCUGUUCUCGAAGAAGUUGAAGAAGAUGGCUGCUUAUUUAGAUGAAUAUGUCAUGCGAAUGACCACUCCCAGGGUCAGGGUCGACAAUGCUGGUUGUGCUAAUGCCACUCGUGUUAUGAUUGACAGUGCAAGAAAACAUGAAACUCUUCUAGAAGCAAUUCAAGUUCUCACAGAUCUGGACUUGUUGAUCAAGAAAGCUUAUAUUUCUGCUGAUGGAAAAUGGUUCAUGGAUGUUUUUCAUGUGACUGAUUUGGAUGGAAACAAGAUAAGCGAUGAGAGUGUGAUCAACUACAUCGAAAAGUCUCUAGGUAAAAUCCAUUGUGUUGAUUCCAAAAGCAUCGAGGGUUUAACAGCAUUAGAGCUGACAGGAACAGAUAGGGUCGGUUUACUCUCGGAGGUUUUUGCAGUCUUAUCUGAUCUGCAAGUUAAUGUGGUUGAGUCUAAGGUGUGGACACACAAUGGCAGAAUUGCUUCUUUAAUUUAUGUUAAGGAUUGUGAUUCGGGGUUUACAAUUGAGGAUGAAUUCAAGAUUGAUGGGGUUGAAGCGCGGUUGAGGAAUGUGCUCAAGGGGGAUACAGAUAUUAGAAGUGUUAAAACUUUGGUUUCUUUGGAAGUUACUCAUACAGAAAGAAGACUUCAUCAGAUGAUGUUUGCUGACCGUGAUUAUGAAUGUAAACCGAUAAUGAGGACUAAUGGCGAUUCCCCAAUUGUGAUCAUCCAAAACUUGGAGCGGGGUUAUUCUGGCAUCAAUGUUUAUUGUGAGGAUCGACCUAAGCUCCUGUUUGAUGUAGUCUGCACUUUAACUGAUAUGGAUAUCGUUGUCUUCCAUGCGACUCUCAACACAACUGGGGACAGAGCUAAUAUGGAAUUCUUUGUUAGACAUACAAAUGGAACACUGAUUAGCUCAGAAGUUGAAAGGCGAUUCAUUCUUUGCUUACGUGCUGCUAUUGAAAGAAGAGCAUCUGAGGGCGUGCGGUUAGAGCUAAGUGCAGAUGACAGACCAGGAUUACUAGCUGAUGUAAUGAGAACCUUCAGAGAAGGCGGUCUCAAUGUUACAAGGGCUGAGAUCUCGACAACAUGUGAAACAGCUCAAAACGUCUUCUAUGUAACAGACGCGAUAGGGAAUGCUGCUGAUACGAAGAUUAUUGAAUCCGUCAGACAGAAAAUCGGACAUAGUAGGCUUAAAGUGAAGGAACUGCCUUUGAUAUAUCAUUGUAAGGCAGAAAUGGAUGAUGAACCACCUUCUACUAGCUUUAGUGGGGCAUUGCUGGUAUCACUCGGGAGCCUAGUGAGAAGGAAUCUACACUAUUUGGGAUUACUGAUCAGGUCAUAUUCUUGAAUGAUUAGAGGCAACUUUGUUGGCAAAUACUUUGCUUCAAGAGUGAGAUUUUGUAAAUAGAUUAGGAAAAGAUUAAAAGGGUGAGAACUGUUAAUUGUGAUAACAACUUGGAAAUGUGGUACAACGAAAAUAGUUAUGAAAGUGUAUUUAGCUUUACUAGAUUAGGUAGGUUUCUAAAAUCAGAAGAGAUUACUUAUGUCACCGAAUCACCAAUAUAUUACAAAUUUGCAUCUGUGAAUAGCGGCCCUUGUUAAUAUAAAUUUUGGUGGCUGACUUGUGAAUAUA